GCUGGGACAUUCCUGGUUUGACGACCAGCCUUGCCGCUGCCAUGAUUUGCUGAGCAAUUCGACACUGGCUUCAAAGAUGCGUGUGUGGAAGAGGCAGCGGUAGAGACGGAGACGGAGAGCUGGAGAAAGUUACAAUAACGGGUCGCUACAGAGGCGCAGAAAGAGACAGAGAGAGCGCACCGAGCCGGGACCUUUAUCCAAACUUCCCAAGAGAAAACUCUCCAGCACCACGGCUCGAGUUUAGACCGGGGGGAGUUGUCGCACCUUGGCCCCGAAAGCUUGCGCUCCUCUUCGGGUCUGAAAACUCUUCCCCCUUCUUCCAACCUCCGGCUGUUUUCAUGUUCCUCCCGUCGUCUCGCACUUUGAGCCCGUUUCUAAUGGAGGGCCCCGUACGGAUUUGCCACCAGAAGAAUGCGUUUUGCUGCUGAUUCAGCCGACGACUCGCAGCCUUUGCGCUCCUGCACGGAGAGGUUUGCUGAAAACACGAGGGCGUACGCACCGGGCAACACGGCCGCUGGCAGGGGUCAGAGUCCACCAUGGACGGUGGCCUGAGGGUCCUCCUGUCCACUGUGCUGUGUCUCAGCCAGUCCCUGCUCAUCAGCUGCUCAUCUCAAUAUCCCUUCUUCCGCUCUGAGCCCACCUCCCUGGUCCAGAGUCGAGGCUCCGUGGCUCGCCUGCGCUGCCUGGUUAGCCCUCCGUCGGCGGUGGUUUCCUGGCGCUUCGGAGGCCUCCCCCUGGACCGGGACGCUCUGCCCGGUUUGGAGCUCGGCGGGGGCUCCCUCACCAUCUCCUCCCUCACGCCCAGCCACGUCGGCGUUUAUCAGUGCGUGGCACGCUUAGACCACGGGCCGGCGGUCGCCAGCCGCCACGCUCGUGUGGCCAUAGCAGAAAUAUCAGAAUAUGAAGAUGGCAGACGGCGGCCGUUGUCAGUGCAGGAAGGCAGCACUGUCCUCAUAGAGUGUCCACUACCACACAGCGUCCCUCCAGCUCUGCCCAGGCUCAGAGUACGAGGGGAGUGGAUGGAGGCGUCAACAGACGACUAUUUAGUGCUUCCGUCUGGGAACCUCCAGAUCGUCUCCGUUUCGUCGCAGCACCAGGGCGUGUAUAAAUGUGGAGCGAUCAACCCGGUCACAGGGGAAAGCGUCAUCCAGAAACACGGCACGAGAUUAUCCGUCAAAUCUUCAGACCCCUCCUUGUCAGUGAGGAUAGUUUAUCCCUCCGCCCCAACGACUGUCACGGUGCAGAAGUCCCAGCCGCUGACGUUGGAGUGUGUGGUGUCAGGAUCCCCUGCAGCCGCAGCCAAGUGGUUGAAGAACGGCGAGGAGGUCAAACCGGGGCCUUCCCACCAGCUACGGCACAACAACCUGGCGUUUUUAUCGGGGCUGACGACGGGCGAUGAAGGGAGUUACAGCUGCGCCGUUGACACUCAAGAGGGGACUCUGAUCAGCGCCAACUACACCGUGAACGUCCUCGAACCCGCCUCCGUCCCCGAGGAUCUGGGCGACCAGCUCGUGUCCCCCGGCUCUUCCGCGACUUUCACCUGCGCGGCGAGAGGAAACCCUCAGCCGAACGUCACCUGGCUGUUCAACGCCGAGCCCGUCGUCCCGUCGCGCCGCGUCCAGAUCUCCGGCUCCUCGCUGCUCGUCUCGGACGUCACGCCGCAGGACGAGGGCGUGUACCAGUGCCUGCUGGACAACGGGAUCGGCUCGGCGCAGUCACGUGGGGUUCUCACGGCUCGGUCGGAUCCGACGCUGGGCUCCACCAGCGGCGUGCUGCCGGAGGCCUCGCCGUCGCUCCACCCCAUUCAGAGCGACGAGGGCCACGAUCGCUUCCUCACCGAGGACGAGAGCGAAGCGUCCAACCUGCCGGCCGACAGAAGCGCCGACCGCCCCACCCCAGAGGCGCCGAUCAUCAUCAGCCCGCCGCAGACUCACAAGCCCGACAUGUACGACCUGGAGUGGAGGGCGGGCCGAGAUGGAGGGAGCCCCAUCAGCGCCUACUUUGUCAAAUAUCGGAAGGUUGAUGAAAUGGGAACAGUGGUGGGAAGCUGGAACACGGUCCGUGUCCCUGGCAGCGAGAAGACCCUCAGGCUGUCAGAGCUGGAGUCCUCCAGUCUCUACGAGGUGCUGAUGGUGGCUCGGAGUUCAGCCGGCGAGGGUCAGCCAGCCAUGCUCACAUUCCGCACCGGAAAGGAGAAGAGCACCUCCUCCAACAAGAAUCCGUCCAAGCCUCCUGUCAUCUCCAUGCCGCCCAAAGUUCAAGAGGACAAAACCCCCAACACCCACUUCGGAGUCGUCAUCCUGGACAGGGUACCUGAGGCUCCCGAUCGGCCGACCAUCUCCAUGGGGACCGAAAGCUCGGCCUACGUCGCCUGGAUCCCGAGAGCCAACGGCGGCUCUCCGAUCACAGCCUUCCGCGUGGAGUACAGACGCGGCCGCAGUGCAGAGUGGGCGGUGGCUGCAGAUAACAUCUCGCCUCUCAAGCUUUCUGUGGAGGUUCGAAACCUGGAGCCUGGAUCCACCUACAAGUUUCGGGUGGUUGCCAUGAACAUGUACGGCGAGAGCCCGCACAGCAUCCAGUCCAAACCGUACCAGGUGCCUCAAGCCAGCCCCCGGAUCGCCGACCGCCCGGUGGUCGGACCUCACAUCUCCUCCACGGACGCCAUCAGCGACACGCAGAUCUUGCUGCGAUGGACUUAUAGUCCCUCGAGUAACAACAACACUCCGAUCCAAGGCUUCUACAUUUACUACCGGCCCACGGACAGCGACAACGACAGCGACUAUAAAAGGGACGUGGUGGAAGGCGUAAAGAACUGGCACAUGAUUGGAUACCUGCAGCCCGAGACGUCUUACGAUAUCAAAAUGCAGUGCUUCAACGACGGGGGAGAGAGCGAGUACAGCAACGUCAUGAUCUGCGAGACCCGAGCACGUCAGCCUCCCGGCUCGCCCAGCCAGCACCCCAUCACCCCGCCCGGCCCCCACCCUCAGGACCCCCCCAGCCCUCCUGGAGGAUUGCUGUACCUGAUUGUGGGCUGCGUUUUGGGAGUGAUGGUGCUCAUCCUGCUGGCUUUCAUCGCCAUGUGUCUGUGGAGGAAUCGGCAGCAGAACAACAUGCACAAGUACGACCCCCCCGGCUACCUCUACCAGCCAGCGGAGAUGAACGGCCACAUGCUGGAGUACACCACGCUGCCCGGCUCCAGCCGCCUCAACGGCAGCAUCCACGGGGGCUACGGGCACAGCGGCCAGAUGUUACCCCCCCAGGGAUGUCAUCACCUCCACCACAAACUCCCCAACGGCUUGGCCAUGCUCAACGGCUCCGGCGGCCUGUUCUCACCUGGCCACCCACACGGCCACGAUGGCACCCUGCCCCACGGCACCCGGGACUGCGAGCACUCGCACCCUCACCACCACCACAACGGUGGAGGCAUGUACACAGCUCUUCCCCAAACAGAGUCCUCAGACUGUAUGAGCUGUCAGAACCUCUGCAACAACAACAGAUGUUACAACAAGACCAAUGGCACUUUCUCCAGUGGCACUCUGCCCUUAAUGCAUCGCGUGGCGCCGUGCCAGCAGGACGGGCUGGAGAUGGUGCCUCUGGGCCAGGUUUCCUCGCAGUGCCGCGGCCCUGACGGCCAGACGCUCUCCGGCGACCAGAAGGCCGACGCAGGGCACCAGCCAGAAGAGCACGGGGACUCCUCGCCCUCGCAGCAUUCCUGCUGUCUGAUGAUGAACAGUGAAAACUCCCCAGCACAAAAUACUGCUGAGGAGGAGCUGGAGUGCGUGGACAUGGAGGGGCCUGUGGUGUGCUGGGAGAGUCUUGGCCUGCCUGACUUGGACUGUGACGAGAAGCCUGGGUGGAUCUCCAGCUGUAGCCUGGCAGGAGAGCUGAUCCAGCCCGGCCCACAGGAGGCCUGAACGCAGCCCACACACAAAACACGCUCCUACAGCGCGGAGGGCUUCGAGAAGCGCGAGGCUGGACGAGGAAGAAGGAAGAGCGAGCGACGUGAUAGUCAGAGACACUGCAUGUUACGGUGACAAGGACACAAAAAAAAACUGUUGACGGACUGAAAUGAGACGAGGGACGUGUGUGGAAAGAGAAAAAAAAAAUAAAUACAAAAAAGAGGCUUGGAGACACUGAGAGCAAAGCCAGAUGGAGAGACACUAUUUCCCACUGGAGGGAAGACUUUCAUAAAAGAUCAAAAAAACUCUUUAGAUGACUUAUUUAUUUUUUGUAGUAGUAAAAUAUUAUUUCAUAUGAAUGUAUCUGUUUUAAAGAAAAAAGUUUGUCUUUUAUAUUAUUUAUGCCUUUUGGAUGAGAAAUACUUUUUAUUUUCUGUCGUCUUGUCUCUCUGUGUUCCACUCCAGUGUGGAGAUUAGCAAUUGUCUGUGUAAAGUUUUGUAAUAAUAUAAAGAGAAGAUAUGGGAGAGUCAA